UCAGCUCCUCUAGCGUUCACCGCGGUGUGUAAUCAGCGAGCUGAGACUCGGAGACGACACUGUAGCACCAAACCCACCAUGGAGUAGUUCUUCAUUAUUAUAUAUUUUUUUUCUUUGAUGGAUCGUGCAUCCUGGUUGGAGUGUAAGGAGACAGCAAUAGCGCGACCAUCAUCAACCUGACUUUGUUGGGAAUAUGGCCUCGGACAACAUGCAGCGCAGUUACUCCAUCAUACCUUGCUUCAUAUUUGUGGAGCUGGUCAUCAUGGCAGGCACAGUGCUCCUGGCCUACUACCUUGAGUGCACAGAUAUAUUCGGCAUCCACAUCCAGGGCUUCUUCUGCAACGACCCCGAGCUCCUGAAGCCCUACCCGGGAGUGGAGGAGAACAGCUUCAUUCCUCCGCUCAUCCUCUACUGCGUGGUGGCUGCAGCACCGACCACCGUCAUCUUCAUCGGUGAGAUCUCCAUGUACAUGAUGAAAUCCACAAGAGAGGCUCUUCUUGCCCAGGAGAAGAUGAUUGUCACUGGUGAAUGCUGCUACCUGAAUCCACUCAUUCGCAGGAUCAUCAGGUUUAUCGGUGUGUUUGCGUUCGGCCUGUUUGCGACGGACAUCUUUGUGAACGCCGGGCAGGUGGUGACGGGCAGCCUGGCACCGUACUUCCUCACCGUCUGCCAGCCCAAUUACACAGGUACUGAGUGCCGCCUGAACCAUCAGUUUAUUUCCAACGGCAACAUCUGCACAGGGAACCGGGUGGUGGUGGAGCGAGCUCGGAGAUCCUUCCCAUCCAAAGACGCCUCGCUGAGCGUCUACUCGGCGGUAUACGUCACGAUGUACAUCACGAGCACGAUCAGGACGAAGAGCAGUCGUCUGGCGAAGCCUGUGCUGUGUCUGGGGACGCUUUGUGCUGCAUUUCUCACCGGACUGAAGCGAGUGUCAGAAUACCGCAACCAUUGCUCGGAUGUCGUCGCCGGAUUCAUCCUGGGAUCCUCCAUCGCUCUUUUUUUGGGUCUGUGUGUGGUGAAUAACUUUAAAGGCGCUCACUCGACACCUACCAAACGGAAGACGGAGGAAUACCGUGGCCUCCCGCUCAUGACGUUCCCACGCGUGGAGAGCCCACUGGAGACCCUCAGCGCACAGAACCAUUCAGCGUCCAUGACCGAAGUGACUUGACUAAGGGGUCGGCACAGAGUCGCCUUCACUUCACCUCAACACUUCUAGGCACAAGAUGUUUUUGUACUGUCGCAUACUGUAUAAAAAAAUAAACAAAAGAAAAGAAAAUCAAAGGAAAUAGUAUUAUGUUGGACCAAGUUAGAGGCAAAUGUUUUGUACAUUUUGUAAAACACAGUGCUGUAGCUUAUAUCUCUGUUAAUUCCGAUUCCGCAUCAGGAGCUACGCCUUCCUCGUCAUGUUCUACAUCACAAAGUCUAUAUAUGAUGUUACUCAACUAUCGAUGUUAUGUGGUAUUUGUACAAAAAAAUAUUUUAUUUUUAUUUUUUCCUGUCGAUUUUUUUGACAAAGAUCAUCUUUUUUUUGGUAUUAUUUUUAUCUGUAUAAAAACAAAAACAAACAAAAACAUUUUGAUCGACAUUGCCUGCUGUUUUUCCAGGAAUGUUUUUGGUAUUCUUAUUUUUUGGAUGUAAUAUAAAGGUACGCAAUGAGUUGUAAAAAGCAGUCCCUUUUUUCCCAGUGGCAUCUUUAAAAUGGCAUUACCACUGCAUGGAAGUACGCAGACAUUUGAUGACAUGUUUCAUUCUUGUGUAUUGUUUUUUAUUUAAUUUUUUUUCCUUUUCUGUUAGGGGUUUCUUUCGAAAUGCCAAAUAUAUUUUUUGAUUUGUCUGUCAAAUAAAUAGUCUGUAGUUGAAA